AUGGGUGAUGUUCUAAUUGAUGAUUUGGUAAAACAAGAAGAUCGUGUUGCAACCAUUAACAGGCUCAGAAGACUCGUUAAGUUCUACCUUGACUCAAAUCACACUGAGAGCGCGAUGUUUUGGGCAGACAAAGCCGCCUCGAUCAGUGACUCGCCUUGUGACUACUACUGGCUGGCUCAAUGCAUGUUCCGCAGCGGCGAGUACCAGAGAGCUGCUUAUUUAAUUAAAAGCAAACAUUUAGAUCAGGAUCAGCCUUUGUUCCAAUGGUUGGCAGGACUCUGUCUUUUAGAGGCUAAGAAGUACGAUGAAGCUUUGCUGGUUUUGUCAGGUGAUUGUGAAAAUAUCAGCGCCAUUAACUCAUCGAAUUCUGCUUCAUCAGCUUUUAUUCUCAAUAUUCCUGCGAUAACCACCAACCACAUUCUGGAAGGCUUCACUCCAGAGACACUUCGUUCCGCUCUGCUAACAUUGAAGGGUCGCAUCUAUGAGAAACUGGACAGGAAACCCUGUGCAUUGGAAUGUUACAAACAAGCUCUAAAAUGUGAUGUUUUCUGCUACGAAGCUUUCCAAGCCAUAACUAAACAUCAAAUGCUUUCUGCUUCAGAAGAGAAAGAGUUAAUGGAUUCCCUGCAAUUUAAGUCUCAGUGCAGUAAUCCUGGUUUACUGCCAUUCGUUUAUGAACAGCUUUUAAAAAAGUAUCAAAAACUGACUCCUUCUGAAUUACAACUGUGUUCUUUUAACCAUAAUCUUGGAUUGUUGGGGAAUCUGGACCUAAAGGCUGCUCGAGCUGAGAGACUCUUGUACGAUUGCGCCUUCAAACAGAGCUACGCUCUCACAGUUGACAUUUUGAAAGCUGAUACUUUCCACAAACUAGGUCUUCAGGUACACAUAGCCUGUCUAGUACAGCUAAAGAAACAUUCUGCUCUGUUUUAUCUAGCCCACCAAUUAGUGGACACUUAUCCUAGCCGAGCUGUUACGUGGUAUGCGGUCGGUUGUUACUACCUCGUGAUAGGAAAGCUAAUCACAGCUCGUACGUAUCUUGGGAAAGCUGUUUAUAUUGAUAAAUGUUUCGGACCAGCAUGGCUUGCUUACGGACACUCGUUGGCUAAGGAAAAUGAACACGAUCAAGCAAUGGCUGCGUACCUCUCUGCAACAAAGGUAAUGAGGGGUUGCCACUUGCCUCUAAUGUAUGUAGGAACUUCGUGUGGACUGAUAAACAACUUAAAAUUAGCAGAAAGAUUUCUAACUCAAGCUCAUUCAAUAAUGCCUAGUGACCCUUUUGUGAUUCAUGAAUUGGGUACGAUCGCUUAUCAGAAUGCCGACUUCAAAGUGGCGGAACAAUAUUUCUUGAAAGCGCUCGAAGAAGUUCGGAAAAGAGAUAAACAUAUUAUUUGUGAUAAAUGGGAACCUCUCCUGAAUAACCUUGGCCACACGUAUAGGAAGCUGAAGAACUACGAUGAAGCUUUAGGCUAUCAUCACCACGCCCUCUCUAUUCUACCGAAAAACCCAUCAACUCUUACAAGCAUUGGAUUCGUGCAAGCUUUACAAGGAAAGUUCGUAGAGGCUAUUGAGUCAUUCCAUAAAGUUCUUACUUGGAAAAAGGAUGAUAGCUUUAGUCUAACCAUGCUACCUUAUCUGAUACAACAAUAUGAAUUUGUUACACCUUCUAAGUAG